AAGUACAGCAGGCAGCGCUGUUGGUCCUCUCGUGUCAGAGCCUCUCUGCAGACAGCCUCUCCUCUCACUCCGAGCGGACAGGCGACAGCGAGGACAAGUCAAUCCGCCGCAUCAUGCCGCGGUGACCGUUCACUUCUCCAGAGGACCUGGGCUGUGCCAAGAGCGCGCUGCUAUAUCACACUGCGCGGUACACCACGCUGUCGGAGAGCUCAGUGAAUUGUUGCUAGCCUGCGGAAGACGCAUAACUAAAUAAUACUCGACAUGUUGAGAGUUAUGUGAGAGUGAAUCAUCGCGGAUGUGAAUAUCACGCCAGCUCCAAGCCUCAGAUAUGACCAUCUCCAGAGGCGUCCCGGGAACGGCACCAGCGUCCAUCGUGACUUAGAUGGUGAAUCCUGCCCCCCUCUGUCCCGGGCUGUGCUGUGGGAUAGGUACAACGGCCAGAGUGCAUCGUGUGGAGACAGACACGCACUUGAGGCUGGGCGGCAAAAGUGCUGCCGUAUCACUGCUGUGUCCUGAAGACCGAAGUGAAAGCUGCAGUGAUCUUGUUUCACCCAAAGCUGCUCCACUUACAUGCCACAGACCCAUAGGUACUUCUCAGGGCUACAUUGGGACACUAUCUACAAUGGAUAAGAACACAGGAGGUCCAGUCAUGUAAUGGGUCUACCUCAUGAGAACGGGGCAGAGCCAUGCUUGGAUGACCCUCGCUCUCCCCCUCUUGCAGAUCGUGAUUGUGUUCACCAUUGGGAUAGUGUGGUCCAGUGGCUGCAGGGGAGCCACAAUGGUCAAACCUCUUCUCAGAAUACACCGUUACUUUUGUCGAAAACCUGUGCGCUUCUUCUCACUCAUCCUGCUGUAUCUGACGGCAGGGAGCCUGGUCUUCCUCCACUCAGGCAUUAUGUGGGACAGUCCUAGCUCCAGCAGAGGAGAAGCCCGGGGGGACUCUGUGGUUGCUGCAGAGAUGGCAAGCAGGACCGCGGUUUUGCACGUCCGUGGGCUGGGGCUGAUGAGCAGGGUGUUUAAUAAAGACAACCGGAAGGUGGGGGGCCGCCGCUUUGGUCCUCCCUGGAAGAAGAACAGACAAACCGAGGUGGAAGGCAAGGACUAUACCAGCAACUGGAACAGGGCCCUCAAAGGACGCAACUCCAAAGACAUGGAGGAUGGAAGAGCAAAGUACAUCGGCUGCUAUGUGGACGACACUCAGAGGCGAGCGCUACGAGGAGUUUCCUUUUUCGACUACAAAAAAAUGACUUUGUUCCGUUGCCAGGACAACUGUGCAGAAAGAGGCUACAUGUUUGCAGGCCUGGAGUUUGGUGCAGAGUGUUACUGUGGCCACAAGAUACAAGCAGCCAAUACCUCUGAGUCUGAGUGCAACAUGCAGUGCAAGGGCGAGAAGAACAACCUGUGUGGAGGGGCCAACCGCCUGUCCAUCUACCGACUAGAGCUGAGCCAGGAGUCAGCGCGGCGAUACGGUAGUGCCAUUUUCAAGGGCUGUUUCCAUAGGCCAGACAAUGUCUCCAUGGCCCUUCCUUUCAGCGCUGUCAUCCAAAACAUGUCCGUAGACAAGUGUGUGGACAUGUGCACAGAGAGAGAGAAGACCCUGGCCGUGUUGGCUGGAGAUCGCUGUCUCUGCGGGUUCCCCACUCCGCUCUUCCCCCUUCAUGACAUGGAGGAGGAGGACCUGUGCCUUUACCGCUGCCAGGGCGAGGAGUUUGAGAGCUGUGGGAAUGACGAGUACUUUGUGGUGUAUCAGACACAGGUGCAAGAUAAUCGCUGCAUGGACCGCCACUUUCUGCCCACUCGCUCCAAGCAGCUGUUUGCUUUGAGCAGUUUUCCUGGAGCAGGAAACACUUGGGCACGUCAUCUGAUUGAGCUCGCUACCGGCUUCUACACCGGCAGCUACUACUUUGAUGGAUCUCUCUAUAACAAAGGGUUCAAAGGUGAACGCGACCAUUGGAGAAGCGGACGGACAAUCUGCAUCAAGACUCAUGAGAGUGGCAGGAAGGAGAUCGAAGCCUUUGACGCUGGCAUCCUUAUGAUCCGCAACCCCUACAAGGCCCUCAUGGCAGAGUUCAACCGCAAGUACGGAGGCCAUAUUGGGUUUGCCUCUCAGGCCCACUGGAAAGGGAAAGAGUGGCCAGAGUUUGUAAAAAACUACGCCCCUUGGUGGGCAUCGCACACAUUGGACUGGCUGCAGUAUGGACGGCGUGUUCAUGUUGUUCAUUUUGAGGAGCUGAAGAGGGACCUGUUUGAUCAGCUCAAAGGCAUGGUACAGUUUUUGGGCCUGGAGGUGUCUGAGGAGCGGCUUCUAUGUGUGGAGGGACAGAAGGACGGAAACUUUAAGCGCUCUGGUCUUCGCAAACUGGAGUACGACCCCUACACAGUGGAGAUGAGAGCGCACAUCGAUGAACUCAUAAGAACUGUUGACGCAGCGUUAAAGAAAAAGCACAUGUCGGGGGUUCCAGAGGAGUACAGGCCCAGAUGAUACAUGUAGUAAAUGUGUUUGAUGCUUUAAAUAUAGAUAUGCUUUGUAGACAAUAUGUUUUAUAGCAAGACACUAUCCAUAAAUUGGCUGUAUUUAAUAUUUGAAAAUAAUACAAAAAAGUAUUUAAAAAAAUCUAAAAUGUGAAAUUAUUAUCUAGUUUAGUUAAAGAUCUGAAAAAGUCACGUAAAAGAACAAAUUACUGUAUAGAUGCCAAAGAUUGAUGGAACAAAUAGAUUGGGCAGUUUAUUACAUUUAGUAAGAAAUAGGGUAAUGGUCCCAAAAUAUUGAAAAGGGAAAAAUUAGGCCACCUUGUAUGUGUAAUGUCUUGCCUUAUUUUGUCAUAUUCCUAAUCUCUUUUUAUUCUGAUUUUGUAGGAGUUUCUUUUCAUUUUUUUCAUGAAAAGCACUUCUAUGCACAUGUGCAAUGUGGCCAUGUGCCUUAACUUGAAGCUACAGCUGUGAAUACAGACUCAUCAGUACAGUUAACUAGUCUGCAAAUUGUACCAAACCGUUCAGUAUGGCAUUAUAUUAGAAUGGCACAUUCACAUUUAAAAUAAAGGCUUGACAUAUUUUCACACUCAAAUUCAAAUUUAUAUAAAUAUAUAAAAUAAUGCAACUUCCACAAUUUUCUAGAUAAAUGGCAUGAGCCUGUAUGUCUAGAUGCCUGACAGUGCUCACAUAUGACAUGUAGAAUUUCAACCAACUUUUAGCUGCUAGUGAUGUUAUAAAAGCCCUUUGAGUUUGUUUUCUGUUUGUUUUUGUUUUUUUAACAAAUAUCAGCAAUAUGGGCUGCAACACCUGUGAGUAUAUUACUAUAUUAUUUAUAUGAACUCUCAAAUCAAAGAUGUACUUUUCUUCUCAAAACUACUGAUUCAAGAACCUUUGUCUCAAUGUUAUAAUACUCAAUAUCUUGAGCAUUAUUUUCACAAAUUGAACUGAUGUAGGAACCCUAAAAAUUUGAGUAAGUCAAGACAAUGGCUGUUUUAUGUAAUGGGUUUAAUUUAUAAUAGCAAACUUAAUGAAAGCUUUUAUGUUUUUGCCAUAAGUCAUCAAAUUGCUUACAUUUGUGAAUAUUAUGAAACACUGACUUCCAUUUUCAGUAAAAAGCUAUACUUAAUAUAAUUCUAUUUUUAUAGAAUUGAAAAUUCUUUAUAUUGCAAAAUGCAGACAGAGUAUAUUUUUCGGAUAUGCUUUAAGGCUUUUGGCUCUUAGCUAAAUACUAUAACAACACACUGGCAUGUUUUAACACCAAGUGCCACUGAAUGUAUUUUAUAUGGAAUGAAGAAUGUACUGUGAAGACCUAAUAAAAGAUCAAAU